UCCCCUUAUUUCCUCUAAAAGAGGACUCUGAUUGUGACGGAUCUGAAGCCCAAAACAUUAAUCUGACUAUUGGAUUGCAGGAAGCAGAGACUUCUGUAUGUGAGUGAGUGAUUCCACCUGCUGGGACCCGAGUAGAUAAAAGGAAACUGAAGAUGAAGCCCGCUGCCACCUAUGAGCUGCUGGUGGAUGGAGUUGGGGAGUGGGAUUUUACUGGAAAUUUUGUUCCUUGUGAGCUGUUGCUCACAGGAGACGCUGCAUUCCCGGUGUUGGUGAGCCCUGAGAAGCAGGUACUGAUUGCUGUUUCUCACUAUGGAAAAGGCAGGAUGGUGGUCGUUUCUCACGAGGAAAUCCUGAAGAAUCCCAACUUUUCCCAGUUCCUUAGGAAUGCUGUGGACUGGCUCAGACCCUCCCCAGAGGCACAGGUUGGAGUCCAUAGGAGCCUGGAUCCCCUCUCUCAGCUGCUCCUAAGGUCCAGCACUAAAGUGCAGCCCGGCGUGGGGCUCAGUGCCUCUCUAGGGGUGUACUGUACAGAUGCCUAUGACGACGCUCAGGCAGAAGAGCUGGUCCACUUUGUAAAGGGAGGUGGGGGCCUGCUCAUGGGUGGUCAGGCCUGGUACUGGGCUAGUCAACACAGUGUGGAGAAGGUGCUGUUCGAAUUCCCUGGGAACCGAGUGACCAGCGUGGCCGGCGUGUACUUCACUGGCAAUACAGUGGGGUCAGGGAUCUUCAAAGUCUCGAGAAAGAUCCCAAAGAUCCCCUUGAUCGUCCCGCACGGGGCUAAUCUCAGCCAGGAUGCAGAGCUUCUCCUCAAGGGUGUGUCAGAACUGGAUAUAGUGACCGGCGGGGUGCCCUCCCCACUGCUGGUGCAUGGGGUGCUGGCCUUCCCCCUCGGCCUGGACAGCUCCCACCGCUGCUUCCUUGCUGCAGCGCGCUAUGGCCGGGGCCGGGUGGUGGUGGCGUCUCAUGAGGGCCAGCUGUGUGCCCCAAAGCUAGCAGGGUUCCUGCUCAAUGCUGUACACUGGUUGGACGCUGGGAGGCAGGGACUGGUUGGGGUUGCUGCCCACCUCAAGGGCCUGUGUUCCCUGCUGUCCCAGGAGGACCGGAAGUACCAGGUAUCAGCACUGACGAGCGACAUGAGUGUCUACUGCUGCCCUUCUCACAGCGACCAAGAGGCAGAGAAGAUCCAGGCCUUUGUGGCGGAGGGGGGAGGGUUGCUGAUUGGGGGGCAGGCCUGGUACUGGGCCUCCCAAAAUCAGGGCCAAGCUGCCGUUGCCGGAUAUCCUGGCAACAAAAUCCUCAACCGCUUUGGGAUCAGCAUCCUGGGCAUGAACCUCAAGGCUGAUAAAUACCCAGCACUGCUACCGAGGGAGCUUCCCCGUCUCUACCACUUCCGUCAAGCACUCUCCCUCUUCCAGAGGCACGUGGGGGACAAGGAGGAGGCACUCAGAGCCCCCCUGGCAGACUGGCUGCACAGGCUAGGGCAGGACUGUUCUGCCUUCCUGAGGAUCCCAGCUGAAGACUGCCCCGCAUACUCCUCACUCCACCGCAUCCUGCUCAAAGUGCUGCGCAGAGGUGGGAUCCCGCAGGUCAGCAAGAAGAACCCAAUCAAGAGCAACUCCAAGGAGGCAGCCCUGCUGUGCCUGGCAACACAGCUGUCCCAGACCAUGACGGACUGUGCUGUCCUGGUGCAGAAACCCACCGAUGGGGUCUGCACGCUCCCAUCCAGCUCUCUUAUCACCCUGGAAAUCGACGGCACAAAUACAGGUGGGACAGCAUGGAUGAGUACAGGACUUUUCCUACCUGAUGGAAACACGGCAGUGAUAACAUUUCCUUGCAUGGCGACCAGUGCUGAUCUGCAGGUGCAGAUCGGGUGUCACUCUGAUGACCUCACCGCUGCGAAGGAGCUGAAACGGGCCCCCAUGGUGAUACGCAAGUGCCAGGUCAGCUGCCAGAAGCAGUCAGUCUCCUGCCUCUGGGGUGGCCUCAUUUACAUCGUCGUGCCAGGGGGAAGCCAGCUGGGCAAAGUGCCCAUCACUGUGGAAGGGGCAGUCCAGGCUCCCUACUUCAGACUGGGAGAGACCUGUAAAUGCCAGUGGCUGGCCAGUGUCCAGCACUACCCUGCACCCUGGGCCGAACUAGCUACUGAGAACAUUAUCCUGACUGUGCCUGCUGACAGCAUCCGCCAUAUAGAGAACCCAGAGCCUCUUCUGACCCUCUGGGACCAGAUCAUGAUGGCUAUAGCUGAAUUGGCAGCAGCACCAGCGAAGUUCCCAAGGCCAGAGAGGAUUGUAACAGACGUCCAGAUCUCAGCUGGCUGGAUGCACGCUGGCUACCCCAUCAUGGGCCACCUGGAUUCGGUGAAGGAGAUGGUGAAUGUGGAACACAUGCGAGCCACUGGCCUGUGGGGCCCCAUCCACGAGCUGGGACACAACCAGCAGCGGGCAGGCUGGGAAUUCCCCCCUCACACUACUGAGGCCACCUGCAACCUGUGGUCUGUCUAUGUGCAUGAGAAGGUGCUGGGGAUCCCCAGGGACAGGGCCCACCAGGCUCUGCAGCCACAGUGUCGGAAGCAGAGGGUCACAGGUUAUCUGGAGAAAGGGGCUCAGCUGAAGGACUGGAGCAUGUGGACUGCGUUGGAGACGUACUUGCAGCUGCAGGAGGGCUUUGGCUGGGAACCCUUCAUCCUCCUCUUCUCUGACUACCAGAAAAUGUCCAACAUCCCCAAGGACAACCCCUCCAAGAUGAACCUGUGGGCUGAGAAGUUCUCUCGGCAGGUGAACAAGAAUCUGGCUCCCUUCUUUCUGGCCUGGGGCUGGCCUAUCAAGGAAGAUGUCUCCUUGGAACUGGCUGCUCUACCAAACUGGGAGGAGAACCCAAUGAAGCUAUACAGACCUGGGAAGAAAUAAAGUCUGGGCACUUUGUCUACAGAACUAAUCCAAUAGCUACUUACCUUUCCUUUAAGCUGUACCAGACUUUGCAUUGGUCUAGCAGGUAUACUUGGUGCUGCCUCAGUGCAGGGGCCUGGUCUAGAUGGUCAAUCAAGGUCCCUUCCAGCCCGACGUUUCUAUGAUCGCGCCAACACACAGUCUGAUUCUGAUUUUAUAUACAUAACCUCUGUCCUUCACUGGACAGUGGGAUUUGGACUUACUAUUCCCCUAUCUUUGCCCUGAAUUCCAUAGCUUGUUGCUCUCUCUGCAUGAAAUCUCCACCUGCCCCAUGCAGAGGGUCAGCAAAGGUCUAUGUGACACCCAAAUUCCAUGUAAACCAUGUUUUGAGGCCUUAAGUAGUGCAUAGGCCUGGUGCUGACCCUCUGCCUAGGGGGGAAUUUCGUCCCUGCUGGUUUACUUCCUGCCAAACCUGUCACUCCAUGCAGAUAGGUGAACUAGUCACGGGGUUAUCUCAGGGAUUACACAAAAGAGAUCCAUAUCCUUAAUGCUAACAAUGGCAAAGACAAUAUUGAUUUCUUCUAGUUUAUUGUUUUAAUGUAGGUAACGCUAGACCUUCAGUAUACAUUUCAUUGAUCUUGGUUCUUAUUAAGAUUUAAUCUCUCUCAUACUGGAUAAGAUUCCACACCCACAGUCUUAAAACCAAGUGACCUCAUACUGCAUUUAUCCAAUUGCAAUUUAGCUGAGAUCUCAAAUACUGGUGCUUUCUUUCAAUUGUGCAUUGCUGAUUUUCAUUUUUCUUCUGUAGCAGAUGUAUUCCUGAUUUUCUGGGAUACCAUCUGUGAAAACGCAUUGGCUUAGACUUCUGCAUCAUGUUCCAAAUAUACGUUCCAUUCUUUUUUCCCAUAUUGAUAUGAGAUAUUUUUCCAGUAGACCAUUGUCCCUCAUCCUCCAGGCAGAAGUUCAGCACAGGUGUGGACAACACUUAAAUCCCACUUUAACCCUGUUUUGAAGGCUCAAAAUACAGUUUACGUGGUGCUUAGAUUUUUGUGCUGGCCUUAUAUAGAGGGUGAAUUUCACCCUUGGUGAGUGUAUAAGCAGAGGACAAGAUAUGAAUGGAUAUAAAAAGUUGCUCAAAAUCCUGUCAAUUUUAUUAUAGGACUGUCUUGCUUAAGAGGUGGGAUUAUUUAUUUUUACUCACCAAAAAUGGACUUGAAAAUCCAAAAAAGAGCAGCCCACAUAUGGCAAAUUACACCAGCUGAGGGUCUGACCUGAAAUGCUUGGAGACCUACAUUAAGGAAAUCCAAAUGUAAACUAACCAAUCUCAUUUUACCAAAAGAGAGAGAUCUGUUCUUUAGCCAAAAUAUGCUAUACUGUGAAAUGGGGGCUAAAUCAGAGUCCUAUUGGCACAUCAAGGAGUCGAAUUCAGAUGUUCAAAGAUGCUUUGCCAAGCGCUCCAAGUGCAGGCUUAGGCCUCCGGUGUGAAAGUAGGGAGCUCGGUCGGUGACUGCAGCAACAAAACAAGAAACUGUUGGUGUGGCAACAGAUCUCAAAAUAACAAAUAAACAUUUUAUAGCUAGUGUGAAACACUAGUUUAGGGAGCAGGAUCAAAACAAUUCAAUGCGCUGUCUAGAAAAAGUUUGUGACACUGCUGAGAAUAGCCCUUUAAGGAAUUGAAGUGGACAAAGUAAAAUUGAGCUGGAGGCUCCAUUAACUUCAGACUAAAUAAAGCCAGUGACUAAAGACCCAACCCUUCCAAUAACCUUUGAGAACCAAUGAGUUCACUUGUGAGCUGUUCAAAUUAAAUAUCGAUUUACUAGCUUCAUUCAUGCAGUCAGUUUUGACUUUAUUGAAAGAUGGGUUGCUAGUGUCUGUUCUUGAUCUGUUGUCCCUUGCUCUGAAAAGGCAACAAAGACCCUCCCGAUACUGGCAAAUCAAAGUUGAUUUUAUUUCUACAGUAUGAUUGUGAGACUAGCCAACACACUUGCAGACAGACUACAGAAUAUAUAGGUACAAUAAUUCUUCAACAACAAACGGUAUAUGAAACAAAAAAUCUUUGAGGCCAACAACACCGGAACGUCUGUUAGAUUCUUUACUAGCAAUUUUUGGCGAGAAGCAAAUUGCACAUAAGCAAGGCUUUUCCCCUUAGUGGUUGUAAAGCAUUCAAUAGCUUUGAAUGAACUACUGUUUUAAUAAUAGAUUCAAGCUCUGUACCAUACGCCACAGGUAGCGAUGGCCUCAGUUCUUCUCACUCAGGUGAAUCUAACUUAAGAAGUACAAUGCAAGUUUGCCCCAUUUUCCUGUUGUUGAUUAUUCUAGUCCUUGAAUUUCUGGCAGGAGCCAUAGAAAGGAAUCCAUCAGUUUAAGGUAUGGUGGAUUAGAGUGGAAGGAGGGGAAAUUAUGCUGUCUGCAGAUUACAUUAUCUAUCUAUCAUACCACUCUUCAGGUAUUUUAAUACUUUGUAUAUGUAUAUUAUAUGUUUGCAGUUUCUUCCCAUCCCUAAAUCUACAUAGUUUAUAUUGUUGUUAUUAUUUGUUAUUACUAUUAUGGGAAAGCAAAAUCUGAAUAGACCCCUUAAACCAACUUGCCUCUGCAACUGCUGCCCCACCUCCCUACUCCCAUUCAUCUCUAAGCUCAUCGAAUGUGCUGUUUACAGCCCCUGUUUGGUGUUUCUCUUCUCCAGUUCUCUCUCGACCCUCUCCAGUCUGACUUCUGGCCCUUGCAUGCCACUGAAAUUGUGCUCAUGAAAGUCCCAAAUGACUUUUUACUUGCCAAAGCAGAGAUCCAGCAUUGCAUCCUCAUCCCCUUUGAGAAAUUAGCUACCUCUGACACUCUUCUUAAAAUUUUAUCCUCCCUUGGGUUCUGUGACUCUGUUCCCUCCUGGUUCUCUCUAAUUGCUCCUUCAGCAUGGCCUUUGGAGUAUUCUCAUCUGCCCUCCAGCUUUCUGUCCCACAGACCUCUGCCCUUGGUCCCCUUCUCUUCUCCCUCUAUACCUUAUCUCUGGGUCAUCUCAUCUGCGAAUACAAAUUUAACUACCAUCUUUGUGCUGACGACACAUAGAUCUAUCUCCCUACUCCAGACCUGUCUCUUUGACAUCUCCUCAUGAAUCUCUAGCUCUCAGUUCAAGCUCAACAUGGUUAAAACAGAGCUCCAAAUCUAUCCCCAAGUCCUACCCACACCUCCUUUCUCAAUCACUGUGGACAACACUAUCCGGCCUGUAACUUGGGCAUCAUUUUCAACUUGGUCCUCUCUGUAAGUCCUCACAUCUAGGCUAUGGCUAAAUCUUGCCAAUUCUUUCUGCAAAGCAUGUCUAAGAUAUGGUCUUUCCUGGCCAUCCACAAAUGUCUCCCAUUGUCUUGUGUCUCUGUUACGGCAAUAUCCUCUCUGGCCUGACAAAUACAAUCUUGCCCCAUUUAUCUCCAUUCAGAAUACUGCUGUCAAACUCAUUCCCUAGCCUGUCAGUCUGACCAUGUCACCUUCUCUUUGCAUCCCUCUCUUGGCUCCUAUCACAUCAAACAGAAGCCGCUGAUCUUUAUUUUCAAGGCCUUUCCUUGCAUACCCCAGCCCUACCUAUCAUCUCUCAUUUGCUAUCAAAAUGUCAACUCCCAUCUUUGAUUGGCCCAUGAUUCCAGCCUCCCUCGUCCCCUGGUUAAAUUUUCAAACAAGCACCUUUGUGCUUUCUCCCAUGUUGUGGUGUGCUGAGAUCACACACUAUCAUACUGACCAAUGCUAUUUCACUGUUGCCUUGUACUCACCCAUCGGCUUGUGUGUGCCCAUCUGUUGUCUCUUGUCUCGUACCUGGGGCAGGUCUACACUACAGUGGGGUCAACGCUCUGAGAUCAAUC